AUGAACACCCGGAUAAAAAUUGCGACUACUGUUGAUAUCGCUGAGAAGGAACGAGAAGGUAAGGUUUAUGAUGUGUGCGAUCGGGCCGUGUGGUGUCUCUCGUCGUGUAAAAACAACCAUGGGAUUGACCAGCUCUUGAGCGAUUCUCUGGACACCUACUGGCAGUCCGAUGGACCACAGCCACACACCGUCACAGUGCAGUUCCCCCAGAAAACAGCAGUGUCAGAAAUCUGUCUCUAUAACGACUACAAAGUGGAUGAAAGUUAUACCCCCAGUCGACUCGCGAUCCGAGUUGGGAACCACGUGGGGGAUUUGAUCGAACUGACCGAGGUGGAGUUACACGAGCCAACGGGGUGGUCGGUUAUACCUCUCUUGUGGCCCAACGGCUCUCCUGUGAGUCUCUUCACCCUCCAAAUCUGUGUUCUCGCCAACCACCAGAACGGCAGGGACACGCAUCUACGGGCUAUUCGCAUCUUUUCGCCUGUCUUACACUCAGGCCUAGAAGCUCAACAAACACUUUUUACUAAGCCCGAAGGGCGAAUGUUUGCCACGAUCCGGUAA